CUCAUAGCUACUGGGAAAAGUAAUCUAUCAGACAGCCCUUUUAAAAAGCUCCGGCCUUUAAAGAGCAGCAUGUGUCACCUCGACUUGGUUCUGCGAAAAUCACUCCGCUAGGAAAUACGCGCGCACCGAGACGGGGACGUCGGAGAGCAGAAGUGCGCGACAUCCUCCCGGCAGCAACUUCGAGGGGCACAGACGCGCCGCUUUCUACCCGGGGCCUGCUCACUUACCGAGUGGAGAAACAUUUCUCGAAGUUGAAGUUGCUCUCUGGGCUUCGCCGACUGGCUGCCCGGUUCCACCGUAUCUAGAUCGGGGGGAGACACUCGAUCUGUUGACAGGGGGGAGCGACCAGCGAAGUCCAGCAAGACCCCGCAUGCGUGCGCACUGACCGCGCUGGUCUCACCCACCCAUCAGUCGGCCUGCUCCGGAAGACUUUUUCUUUUUCUUUUUGAAGAGUGUGAGCAAGUCGUGAGAUGACCCUGUCUGGAGGCAGCGAAAGAGCCAGCGACAUGUCCGGCCAAACUGUGCUCACGGCGGAGGACGUGGACAUCGACGUGGUGGGCGAGGGAGACGAGGAGGGCAUGGAGACGGUGGACAGCGACUGCGACAGCCCGGUGGGAGGCAUCCUGCGCGACCUCCGAGGUGAGCCGGGGGACGAGGAGGCGGAGGAUGAGAUCGAGGUGGAGAAGGAGGAGAUGGGCUCCGGCGGCGGGAGUCCGUGCUGCGAGAGCUCCGGCGAGGGGGAGACCGGCACCGGCAAGGGAGAGGGUCACGACGGGAGCGCCGCCUCGGGAGGGUCGCUCCAGAAGCCCAAAAGCAGCCUGGUGAAGCCGCCCUAUUCCUACAUCGCCCUCAUCACCAUGUCCAUCCUCCAGAGCCCGCAGAAGAAACUCACCCUCAGCGGCAUCUGCGAGUUCAUCAGCAACCGCUUCCCGUACUACCGGGAGAAGUUCCCGGCGUGGCAAAACUCCAUCCGCCACAACUUGUCCCUGAACGACUGCUUCGUGAAAAUCCCACGGGAGCCCGGCAACCCCGGCAAGGGCAACUACUGGACGCUGGACCCCGCGUCGGAGGACAUGUUCGACAACGGCAGCUUCCUCAGGAGGAGGAAGCGGUUCAAGCGCGUCCAGCCGGACAUGCUCAGGGACCAGACCGCGCUCAUGAUGCAGAGUUUCGGCGCGUACAGCCUCGGGGGCCCCUACGGGCGCCACUACGGGAUCCACCCGGCUGCGUACGCCCACCCGGCGGCUCUGCAGUACCCCUACAUCCCCCCCGUGGGCCACAUGCUGCCGCCGGGCGUGCCGCUCCUGCCCUCGGCGGAGCUGAACAGGAAGGCGUUCAACUCGCAGCUCAGCCCGAGCCUCCAACUCCAGCUCAACAGUCUGAGCACGGCGUCGAUGAUCAAGUCGGAGCCGUCCAACAGACCGUCCUUCAGCAUAGAGAACAUCAUCGGGGUCUCCAGCGCCUCCUCGUCCUCGCCGGGCGCCGCGCACGCCUUCCUGCGGCCUCCGGUGACCGUGCAGUCGGCCCUGCUGAGCGCGCAGUCCCUCUCCCUGAGCCGGAGCUCGGCCGCCAUCGGCCCCAUCCUCAGCGUGCCGUCGAACAUCCUUUCCGGACACGUUUUACCCGCAGCGACGGCGGCGGCGGUGUCCAAAUGGUCACAAUGACUCAAACGCGAGAAAAGAUAGACUCUUAUUUUUAUAUAUAUAUGUAGAGAGAGAGAGAGGGGGGGGGGGGGAGACGUUAUAACCGCGGGGGAAGUGAGAAGAGCACACAUCUAUAGGCAGCACUGGACUCUGUAAGCCAUGUACAGACUUUUGAAACAGAGAGAGAGAAAAAAAAAGAAGAAGAAGAGAUAUUUCUGUACAGGUAAUAUUUGUAAAUAUUUGUAGAAAAACAAAAAAGAAAGAUUUUACCGGUUUGACUUUUACCUGUCUUUCUUUUGUCUCCCGUUGUUCUUGUUUUGAGAUCUGUAUUAAUUAUUGGACAUUUUUCUUUUUUGUAUUUGGAAGCUCAAGUGGACCCAUUUUUUGUUUGGCUUCCUUUUCAUACAAGACACAAAAAAGCUCUGAAAAAUAGAUUGUUUAUAAUAAUAAUAAUAAAAAAAUCCACCAUAUGUAAUUCUAUGUAGCUAUAUUGUGUUGUAAACUGAAUUUAUUUGUAAAUAAACCCGAGAAAGAA